GCGUACACCAACUAGGAAUGUCUUGAGAUAAUAAGCUGUUGCAUCUGUUGAGCAGGUCUACUUCAGAGUCCACGUGACCACGUGAAACGCUCGCGUUCUCCAUUUUCGGGAAGUGCGAGAAAUGUAGCGGUAGACGACGUCGACCUGUGCUUUUUUUUUUUGUCUUUUCACUCUCACUCAACAUGCGUAAAAGCCCACUCUAAUUCUCAUUUGUCUUUAUGCGACGCUUCUAAUAAUUUCUUUCGGUAUUAAUCUUAAUUAACCCAAAACCCGCCAUGGCGGUUGGCGAUUAUAUCCACGCAAAGGAAGCCGGCCAGGCUCGUGCCGACACGGCAGAGAGGACCCAUCAACAUCAACGUCUGCCCCGACAACUGCUUGCACAACAGGCAAGAGUGCCUGUUCCAUCACCUAAACUGCCAGGCUUUGCUGCCAUCAGGCCUAGCAGGAGCACCUCGAUCGAAAGUCGAGGGCCAUCCGCACCUAAUGGGAUCCAGCAGCCAGAACACCAAGUGGCACAGAAUGGGGUUGACAGUCACCGAGAUCCGUUCGAUACGGAUGUGGAGGGAGUAGAUGACUCGACCAUUGCUGGAACGAGUGUUAUGGGAGCUGAAGAUAGUCAUGCUAAUGCCCCUCUGUACUCGAAUGGCUAUCGUUUCCAGCGACCGCCUGUGAAUCCUUCAUACGACUAUGCCAAGCCCGAAGGUCUGGGUAACAGAGCCGUGAAAGCUUCAGGGUUUGAUACAGAUGAAGCUGAAGCUGAUUCGAGCCAUGCGGGUUCAUCUCUUCAGGAAGAUGAUGAUGAUGACGAAGACGACGCAGACGAUGCGGACGGGGAACAGACUCAGACAAUUCACUGGGAUCAGAGACAGAAUUACCAUCCACCAGAAUCAUCGAUGAAGCGCGUAGAAGAUUUCUGGCUAGCUAGCAGCAGACGCGCGGCGCUUUCCAAAGCUCCUAACCCAUUAGCUGGUGAAUCAUCUUCUGCGCGUGUUACUAUCUCAGACGCAGUUAAGAUAAACAGACCGCCCUAUGCCAACGGUGCAAGGACAGAGGCCCUUCCACCACGCACAGUGGCUGUUACUCCAAAAGGUCGAUUCAGCCCUCCCAAACAGCCUGCAUACGCACGAUAUCUUCUGUCUCCCACCCGCCGGACUGGAGGUCCACGGCCUCCUCCGGCCCGUCCAGCAUCAGCAGCGGAUCUUCAUUUGAAAGAAGUGACAGAACCGGAGCUCCGUUCGAGUGGCCUUGAAAGGAGACACAGUGCUAGGUCCCCUGGUGUUUUUGAUGCCACGAAUCUGGAGUGUCUAGAUGACGACACUAUGGACGCCCAUUCAUCCUCAUCAGAGUCAUCCGGACCAGCUUCAGUGAUCCACAGCAAAGAACCGACAACCUCGAGCAAAAAGCGUCAAUUCGAAUUAGACUAUCCUCCGGAAGUCCUCGACCAGAAAUCAUUUGAAGACCUUGAAUCGGAGUCCUUCGACUACGUCCCUGCAAGUAAUCCACCAGCUCCACCACCAACAUCUCCGCCGCCGCAACCCAAGGAGGCCCGAACUGCCGCAGAAAGAGUGGAUCUCCUCCUAAAAUUGUCUGACACUGAACGCCGCAAUUACCUCUCCAGUCUGGCCAUAGAUGAAUGGGAAGAAUGCGGAGACGAGCUGAUGUCACAAUUCGGCAACAUCCUCAUCAAAAUGAAAGAAGCGCGACAGGCACGGCGGAAAACUGCCGCUGCGUUCGAGGCAGAGAUCAAAAGAAGACACAACGACGUCCAGAACGAGGAGAAAGAUCUGGCAUCAAAACUCGCUGAGAUGAGAGAGGGCGGGCUGGGAGUAUUGAGAAGACGAAGCCCAUGAAAUGCUGAAUCUUAACAAUCAAAAUCCGUUUGCAUAUCUUUAGGCGAAUAUCGGGGUACAUUUCUAUUAUUCAUCAGCCUAUAUCCCAUGUCAUUUACUUUUCCCUUCGAGGCCCACCUUGUCCCACUUUCCACGCAUUAUUAUGGUUUGUUCCCCUCCGUUGCAUUAUAUCGGUCAGUGAUUAUUAUUUUCCCGCAGCGCG